AUGGGACGGUGGGAUGUGGUGCUUCCCUUCCUGGCUCCUGGGCGUGGAUCUGUGCCAGCAGGAAGGCGCCGCGACAGAUCGGAAAGACUUCCGAACGUGGAGGACAUCUACGACUUGCUGACAUCCGACCUUGCAGAUUUGGAAGAUCGGCUUGAGGAGAAGCUACACAACUUGGUGCGUGUGGAACUGGGCGAGCGUCGUAGCGCAAGAUCUCCGGCAUCUUCCCGGUCGAGCUUUUCAGCGAGGAUGUCGGAUGCACCCGACAUUCUCCCUGACCUUCGUCCGCCGUCGUCCAGCGCGGCAAGGCUAAGUUCUCCGCAGCUUGCACGUCCCCCGCAGCCUUCGCGGGCGUUCAAGCCAACGCCGGUGCAGUUCGACUUCGUGAUCGGCACAAGUUCCGUGAAAAAAGCACCGAAGCGCAAAGCCAAAGAGCCCAGUGAGCCAAAGGAAAGCAAAGACACUUCGAGAAAGGCCGCGCCAAAGAAGCGCGGAGCCUCGGGGAAAGCAGCGGCUGCCCGUGAGGCGGCUCCGAGCAUACCCCGAACCAGGGCCCGGGGAUCAAGCCGUCCUGUUCAAAGACGACAGGGGGAGGCCCCAGCCGAAGGAUAUCCGCAAUCUCCUGAAGUGGCGCCUGUGCGUGGUGAAGAUCGCCAUGAAGCAGCAGACUCGAAUCGGGAAGAGCCGGAUACGCCUGCAGCGCCCAUUGCUCCUCCUACCGCUGGCUCUUCAGAAGCAGCAAUGGUCCAGCAAGCAGACCAGAAUCACUGGGAAGCUCCUGGCCAGGAAGGAGAGGAGCAACGCCCGACGGCGGAGCCCCAACGCCCCGAGAGCGCCAAGCAAGUCGGGGAAGAUUCAGGAGGUGAAGUUGGCGACAUGCAGCAGGAGGCUGAGGAGCAGCAUGUCCUCCCUCCGAAAGCGCCGGAAGAUGAGGACCAUGAGCACCAUCAGCACCAUGAUGACCAUGAUGACCCUGAAUACUUGAUGGAUGAAGCAAGGGGUUCAACAGCAAGAUCCUGUGAGUCUCCGCGGAGCCACGAAGAGUUCACGCACCUGGAUCAUGCAGAACGUGCAGCACACGUAAUCUCCCAGAAUGUGAGCGGGCCGGAGCACAUCGAAGCAGAAGAGGGCAAGGUGGCUGAGGGAGAAGACUCCCCGAUGGGCAGCAACCGCAGCAACGGCAACAGCUGUGUCUCGGAAGCAUCCGGAGAAGUUGUUCUCGGGGUGGAUGCCGAUGUUGCGGUGGAGGCGCGAUCUGAGUCGCGCCUGCCCGAUGCGAGCUACGCUUGCGGCAGUGCUGAGAACAUUCCGCCGACCAGCCCACAGUGCUCCUCACCCGUUGGCUCGAGACCAGAUUCUGCAUCUUCCCCCUCCACCGUCUUUAAGGACACAGAGAAGACGCGGACAUUGGUGGAGAGUGAAGGAUGCAGCCCGCAGGUUCAGGGUCCCUCGCCUCGCGAUGGCAGGGAUGAAGCAAAGGAGACCAGCGCAAAGGUCAAGAUCCCGAAGCCUCGCAAGCCGCCCCUUCCGCAUGAUGCACUAAAAGCCUUUCCGGCCAAGAGUGCAGCAAGCAGGGGGUAUGAGCUGGAGUAUGUUGGGCUGGACCCAAAGUUGGUCGAGGGAGGUGAAGUCAGGAAGUACCACGAAGUGUUUCAAAACUUCACCGACAUCUUCAGCUGGGGACGAUCUUCGGAGGUCGUUCCCCAAAAGGAGCGCUAUCUUCGCGAGUCCCUGCAGCUGUUUGCCCAGUUCUGCAAUAUCAUUGGAUCCUUGGAGGUUCAGUUUACCACCAAGCUUGGACCAGCAGAUCACUCCACCCCGAACGCGACGCACCAGGCGUUGAAUGCCAUGGCCUCCCGUGGCGCCGGGCUCUAUGGCGUGUUCCUGAAGGGCAUCAUCGACAAGAUGGAUGCCGAAGCGAGUGCUGUGCCACGACCCCUACCAGUGGAGACCGACAUCUACUCACUGCGCUACUACAAGGUGGUUCAGAACCGCACAGAGGUUUACGACAUUGUGACCCGAGUCUUUCACCGGAAGGAUGGUUGGGAGGAGCUCCCCCAUGGACUGGGCCUUUCCAAUGCCUGGAACUUGUGUUGGACAUGGAGCAAGCCCAAAUUGGACUAUUCUCGUUUGUGCGUCUGGCAGAAAGUCAAUCAUUUUCCGGAGAACAAGCACCUGACUCGCAAAGACUUUCUGAAGAGAUGCAUUGACAGGUACACGAGAACAGGUAGCAAGCUGGCGCAGUACUUCAACAUCUGCCCCAAAACGUUUGUGCUUCCGAAAGAGUAUUGCUUGUUCAUCGAGUGUUUCACGAAAAUUGCUGAAGAAAACGGCGAUCUGGAGGGAAGCAGCCCUCCAUCCGGACGAAAGCCGGCACCAAACAUGUGGAUCAUGAAGCCUGCCGGCAGCAGCCGCGGACGGGGAAUUCAGGUCAUUAAUGACGUCAGUGCUGUCCACUAUGGCGAGCUCACGAUCAUUCAGCAAUACAUCAGCGAUCCAUUCUUGCUGGGCGAUUUCAAGUGGGACAUGCGCACCUAUGUGACGGUGACCUCCUUCAACCCACUUGAGGCGUUUGUGUACAAGGAUGGCUUUGCUCGGUUCACGACAGUACCCUAUAACACCAGUGGCGAUGACAUUGACAACAAGUUCGUACAUCUGACGAACUCGUCGAUACAGAGGCAUAACGAAGAGGUUUUCCAGAGCGAUGAGAGCUGCAGAGAUUUGAUGCGACGGGAAGAAGCAGUUCUUGGAGGAACCAAGAUUUCGUUUCCGAUGCUGCGCGAGAAGCUGGAAGCAAUGGGAAUUGACUGGGCGACUGUGUGGGCGAGGAUGAUCGAGGUGAUUCUCAAGUCGUUGUGCAUGGCCGAGGAUUUCAUCCCGAACCAGGUCAAUUCCUUUGAGCUGUUCGGCUAUGAUUUGCUUAUGGACUCAAAGAUGAAGGUGUGGCUCAUUGAGGUCAACUCGUCACCUUCGAUGGGGCAGGAGCACUUGCUUGAUGAGCACGUCAAGCAGCCGCUGAUUAGUGAUACCAUUGACUUGGUUGAACCGCUGGAGUUCGACAGGAGAAGGUUGGCAGAGGUGUUGCAUCGCCGUGUCGAGAAGAAGGCUGCGGCGGGGGCAGCAGGUGGCCGGCAACAGUUGGAUAUUGACCUUCAUGCGGUGUUGAAAGGACAGCUUCCGAGGAAGUAUGGUGAACUGCCGCGGCACAUGGGCAACUACGAGCGAAUUGCCCCAGGCGAAGCUUGGGACAACAUGGUCCGAACAAGGAGUCUCCUGUUCAACAGAGUUGGGGCUUCAACCUGA